AUGUUAUCCACGAAUGUGGACGUUCAGCACAAGACGACAGUAGAGGCGGGCAGUCUGAUUCUGUCGAUCCUGGCCGCCGCUGCGACCGUGUCAACGACGGACUUCGCCAGCUUCGUCGUCGCGCGCAUGCUGCUCACGGGCUCGUUGGGCGCCGUGGCUCUGGCCAUGGGCGUGGCGAUGUUCGAGGCCAGCUACAGCCAGCGGCAGAGGCAGCUGAGCGUCUGCUUCGGGCACCUGGUCGUGUCCCUGGUGGCGCUGCUGCCACGGCUGCUGAGCUCGUUGAUGGUGCUCGACCGACGCGCCGUGUGCCUGGCCAUACUGCUGUGCGCCUUCGCCAUGUUCGUCAUGGUGCUCGGCGGCAUCGAGGAGUCUCCGCGUUGGCUGAGAGCGCUCUUCGAAGCCGCCACGUCGGGCGACAGCAAAGCGCAGACGUCCAGGACGGCCAUGAACCGCUUCUCGAGAGGGGUGAGCAGCAUACUUGUGCGCAAGUACUCCAAGGUGAUGGGGAAGGUGCGCGGCCGCAAGCAGCCCACCGUGAGCAGCGUGGGCCUGCUUUUCGACCAGGCGCUUCGGACCCGCACGUUGGUGCUGGCAUUCACGCUGUUCGCGUUGCUCAACAGCCUCCCGGCGCUCGCCGACGAAGACGUGCUCAGCAUGGAACGUCUGAACGACGUCACGAGGCCCAUGCUGCGCGUCUGCAGCAUCGUGGCAGCCGACCAGUUGCUGCGCGAGUGCACGCGACGCGAGGCCCUGCUCCUGGCGCUGCCCUGCGUCUGCGUGCUCGUCUGCGCCGAGGCAGUAGCCGAGGCCACGGCCGCGCAGUCCACACUGCCGCUGAUCCGGGAGCUGCUCGUCAACUCCAUACUAGCCAACCUAACGAUGGUGUGCGUGUACUGCCUCGAGUUGUACCCGACCUCGGCCAGGGCCACGGGUCUGGGAAGCGUCUACUUCGCCGGCGGCGUCUGCGCCACGGCGUCGCCGCUAUUGCUCACGCUGCGGCUGGAGCGACGGCUUCUGCAGAUAAGCACCGUGCCGCUCACGGUGGCCGCCAUGUUCGUGGUGACGCUGCUGCCGGAGACCAAGGACACGCCGCUACCCGAGACGCUGUGCGACCUCGAAGGGACCUCCAGGCGACUCGGCUCCGCAGAGGCCGACGAUCUGUUGCCCGAAGCUGACACCACGACCGAGUUGCCGUGCCGCAAUCGCCAGCCGCAGCCCGGCCAAGCACCCAACGUACCACAUUACAGCUCCAUCUCCGGCGCACGCGCGUUCUUCGAUUAA